GGGAAGGCAGUUGUUUCUCAAGAAAUCUGUUGCCAGGAUCCUGUAGCGAGAAGGAAGGGAGGUGCUAGGAGAAAUGCAAAGCAAGAGUUCUAGAGUGUCAGCUGCGAAAGGUGUGGGACGCACUGGUGCCUUGGAACCUCGGGAAUACCACCAGCCUGUCUCUGUAGGUCCGUCUGCUGGGCUGAGGGUCACAUGGUAGCUGCACUCCCUUCCUCGGCAGGUAGCUUAGGAGGAGAGAGAAGCCAUCAUGUCCCAGGGAGGAGCUGUAGCACGCGAAGCUGCCAAGCCCCAGGACCGGGGAUGGGCAUGGAUGGUCCUGCUCGCUGCAGUGUUGCUGCAGGGCCUGACGCUGGGCUUCCCCUCCUGCAUCGGUGUCUUCUUCACGGACCUCCAGCAUGACUUCCAGGCCAGCAAUAGUGAGACGUCGUGGUUCCCAUCCAUCAUGGUGGCCGUGCUGCAUGGAGGCGGGCCCCUCUGCAGCAUCUUGGUGAAGCGGUUUGGCUGCAGGUUUGCUGUGAUGCUGGGAGGCCUGCUCAGCGGAGUGGGCAUGGUGUCCAGCUCCUUCUGCCAGUCCAUCAGCCAGCUUUACUUAACAGCCGGCCUCAUCACCGGUCUGGGAUCAUGCUUCAGCUUCCAGGCAGGAGUGACUAUGCUGGGCUACUACUUCGUACGGUGGCGAACGCUGGCCAAUGCCAUGGCGUCCACUGGCGUCUCUCUCGGUUUCACGCUGUGGCCGCUCCUUUCUCAAUACUUGCUGGAUGAGAUGGGCUGGAGAAACACUUUUCUUAUCUUUGGAGGAAUACUGUUGAACUGUUGUGUUUGUGGAGCCAUCAUGAGACCAGUUCACCUCGCAGCAGAGUCACCACUAGAGUCACCCAAGCCUGCAGAAGAGCCAGGAAGAAGAGCAGAAGGGGCACAACUGUCCAAUGGAACAUCUCCUCACCCUGAGCUCCAGCAGCAAACCAGAAGGACUGCAUGCUUCCAGAUGCUGCAGAAGUACCUGGCUUUUGACAUCUUCUGUCGAAACAAAGGUUACCAGAUUUACACUAUUGGAGUAACCUGGAUGAUGAUGGGGUUUGCAUUACCCCAUGUCUACCUUGUGCCUUAUGCCAUCCAGAAUGGGGUGGAGGAACGCAGGGCAGCCCUCCUCAUCUCCGUUAUCGGGCUCAUCAACAUCUUCAUACGCCCUUUCACAGGGCUGCUUUCAGGACACAGAGUCUUCACAGGGAGACGCAUCUACCUGUUCAGCCUGGCUGUGCUCCUCUGCGGGCUGAGCAAUUUCAUUUGUGUCAUUUCAGCCGAGUUCAGCGUGCUCAUCAUUUACUGUGUCAUCCUCAGUAUAGCCAUGAGUGGCAUUGGGGCGCUCACCUUCCAGGUGCUGAUGGAUGUGGUGGAGAUGGACAGGUUCUCAAGUGCUUUAGGUCUCUUCACCGUUCUGGAGAGUAUCACGCUCCUCAUCGGACCCCCUCUCACAGGUCUCCUGGUGGACAUAACUAGUGAUUUCCACUAUGUCUUCUACAACUCCAGUUUCUUCCUGAUAUCAGCUGCACUAUUCAUGGGGCUCAGCUUCUGCGCUCUGGAAAAAAAAAACAAGUCGAAAGAGGCUUCAAAAGUACCUUUGGAUAACCACUCCAGAUACCAAUACAAUGAAAUGCCAACUGAACCACUGUCUGAGACACAAUCCCCUCCAGUGGUCGUGUACAUCACAAGCAUAUGAAAAGAAGGCAAAAAAAAAAAGAGGAACACAAGUAUGUGGCCUGUACAGAGCUACACAAGGGGCAGCACUGAUGGCAGAUGAGAAAACAAGCGUCUGCUUUCCACAACUGUCAUCAUCCUUCUGCCUUGCACUUCCACUCUGCGGGGCCGUGUCAGACUCCACGUGAGUGAUCCAGACCACAGGCUCAGCCCAGAACCCAGCGCCAGCCAAAAAGCCAAAGGACAAAGAGAACUGUGCUUUCCUAAAGCAAACCAUGGGAUAACAGCCAUGGUAACCAGCACUGAGAGACAAAAGCUGUGUCUGUUCAAUUGGUUUAAGUCAGUGCCUUUAAGAAGUCACUGGAAUUUCACUUACACAUUUCAGUUGGUAGCACUGGACAAUACAUAUUAAUGCCUAUGUUCUUUCACAAAGAAGUAUUACUGCCUCGUCUGAACAUGCAAUUUUGGUGCAGACUUAUAUGAAGUUUCCUGGUUGCUUCCCAUAUAGGGGCUGGCAAGAUAAACACUUUCCACAAGAAGUGUUUUGUUAUUUUCCACAUCUCUAAAUAUUACAUGGAGGCUGCUGCAUGGGCUGCUGAACUCAGCCAAGUCUCUAGUAAGAUAAAAUAUUCUCUCCUACAAGGUAUAUAUAUGAGUUCUUCAUGCCAAGGACAUCUUCAAAGCCUCAAAAGUUCAACUCCAGAGCAUCAAAAAGAAAAAAAAUCCAAACCUUAGAGUGCCUCCUUUGUAUAACUAGUGAUAUCUCAAGUGCUUCUUGAUGUAUCAUAAAACAGGAUUCAUGGCUUGCGUAAACAUACUUCUUGCCAGCAUUAACUGGGAACCAUUUUUUUGGGGGGAGGGAGGGGAAGGGGGAGAGAAGGCGUUACUAGACCCAAGAAUAAGUGUAUACAUCCUUAUAUAGGGCUAAAUUCAAAGCCACUGCAGUUCCCCCUUGUGUAAAUGAAUUUAGCUCUUUAGUCUUAGACUCUCAGACCAGCAUUCUCGUUAUAGAGAAGUUUGCACAAGCAUAACUUACAUGUCUUAUAAGCACAAGCACAACUGACAAAUAAAUCUGUGAGGAAAAUAUACUGAGAAGAGUCAGCGUUACUCACCUUCACAUCCAUACAGCCUUGACUGUAAGUGGCUUUUUUUUGCUACACUCCUGGGAGUUACGCUUGUUCGUACUAAGAGAGAGCUGCACCAACCUCCAGCCUCCCUCAGCAUCAGCUCGGGUUGCAAACUGUUUAUAUUCUGUAUCAUUCCUGCUCUGACAGAAGCAGAUACAAAGCACUGGAGAUGAAGAUUACUCCACACAUUAGAACCAUCUGAAAGACAGAAGCAUAAAAUGAGAGUGAAAUGGAAGAAGCAACAGCUUUCAACUCAACUGCAGUGCUUAUCUUGAGAACUGUUAUACCAAAUUCCGAGCUACAAAACCACAGUUUUCCUUAGAGCUGUGGGCUCCCCAGUCAAAACAAACAAACAAACCAAAAAAACCCCACACUGGAUGAAACCACUGGAAAACUGACUCUAAGGUCUUCAGAGACUAUAAUGGCUUCACAGCUGGCUUUUACAGUGGAAGAGGAUCAGCCCUUCAGAAGGGUUCCGUACCGCUUCCGUAUUUCAGUACCACUCUAGGAUUACUGAACCAGCAGGCUUUGCAUUUCCUGAUCAAACGUAUACUUAAAUAAGAAUACAAAUCUAAUCUCUCGUCAUACGUGUCUAUUGACUUGUGUAAUACUUACAUGGUCCAUAACUACAAAGUAAACAGGGACUGGUGCUCCUCAGCUUACCGAAACAAUGACUGCUCUGCGUUCCUGGGAAAAAGAUGGGGCUUUCUCCCUCUCAAACAAACCAGUGAAAAGGAAUCAAGUCCCAAACCUCUUCUAGCUAUUGCAAAUAAAA